GAUGGUCACAAAGUCACUCUGCUCUACAACAAUAAAUUAGUUACUCCAGUUUGGACCAGGCAGCACUCCAGUCAUCUACGUCUGGGGCGGAAGUGUCUUCGAACGAGAUUAACUGGAAAUACGGUCAAAAGUCAUGCUACAAUUCACCAAUCUGUUUUGAAUAUCACCGCCGGAGUUUCAUUCAUGGAUUUCAAGGUUAACGUGACUCGUUUGGUUUUCUGACUAUUCGUGAAAAAGGAGUUUCUGUCUUGGUAUUUGUGAUUUGAAUAGCAGUCUGGAUCAGGAGGAUAAUCUAAUAUGACUGACAACAGUAGUCCUAUGGAUUCUGAUGAAAUUCACACAGAUGAUGAUACAUCAGAAGAAUCAUUAACAAGUAGUCCUAAUCAAAGGAUGACAAGAUAUCAGAUCCUCACAUUGAUAUCUAUGGCAUCUGUUAACUUCAGCUCAAUGAUAUGCUACUCAAUACUGGGGCCAUUCUUUCCCAGCGAGGCCUUGAAAAAAGGAGCUAGUCAGACUGUGGUUGGCCUGAUCUUUGGGUGCUAUGCUCUGUGCAAUCUAGUUGGAUCUUUAGUACUGGGAAAAUAUAUUGUCCAGAUCGGGGCAAAGUUCAUGCUGGUUUCAGGCUUAUUUGUGUCUUCAGUUUGCACCAUCUUAUUCGGCUUGCUGGACAGAGUCCCAGAGGGAGCUCCUUUUAUUUCCCUGUGUUUUAUCAUACGGUCGGUGGAUGCUGUGGGCUUCAGUGCUGCAAUGACGUCUACUUUUGCAGUUUCAGCAAAGGUUUUCCCCAACAACAUUGCAACAGUUCUGGGGAGUUUGGAGAUAUUCACAGGACUGGGUCUGAUACUGGGACCUCCAAUAGGUGGAUGGCUGUACCAGUCAUUUGGAUACGAAGUCCCAUUCCUGGCUCUUGGUUGCUUCCUAUUUCUCAUGGUCCCCUUUAACAUCUAUGUCUUACCAAGCUUCGCUGCUGAUCCUACCAAGGACUCCUUUUUCAGGCUGUUCACCCAUCUAAAGAUAGUUCUCAUCUGUUUUGCCAUAUUCACGUUGAGCUCCGGACUUGGUUUCCUGGAUGCCACCUUGUCUAUAUAUGCCCUUGAUAAGUUUAAACUGACUUCAGGUUAUGUGGGUCUUCUGUUGCUCGGUCUGUCAUUGCCGUACUGCCUGAGCUCCCCUCUGCUUGGUAUCAUCAGUGACCGGUUUCCUUCCAUAAGGCCGUGGUUGAUGGUGAUAGGAGGCUUGUCUACAGCAACUGGCUUCUUCUUCUUAGGUCCUAUGCCCAUUCUGCAGAUAGAAAGACAGCUGUGGCUGUUGGUCUUAAUGCUGACUGUCAUAGGAUUCUCUCUAAGCAUGACUAUCAUCCCCACCUUCCCUGAAAUACUCAACUGUGCUUAUGAAUAUGGAUUUGAGGAUGGGCUGAGCACUCUUGGACUAGUGUCUGGAUUGUUUGGAGCAGUGUGGUCCAUUGGGAUGUUUUGUGGACCAACCCUUGGUGGCUUCAUCACACAGCAGCUGAGCUUUGAGUGGGCUGCUUCUGUUCAAGGAGGCCUGGCCUUUUUAGCUGCUUUCUUUCUUGGUGUGUAUUUCCUCUAUCAAGGAUCACCACUGAAAAGGGCUCCUCUGGAUAGGAGGAAAAUGUCUUCAGAUGAAUGUACCAAUCUUCUGUCCUAAACUGCUCUCCAGGUACAUAUUUGCGUAUGAAAUGCACAUAAGACUUGAGAAGAGUACCAUACAACACUUCUUAAUGUAUUAUGAAUGUAUCGCUGGAUAUUGUGCUAAUGUAUAUUAGCAUAUAGACCGUGGUGUGUAUAUAUACUGUAUAUUUGGAUGUGUACAAAGAGGUUCUAAAUGUGGAAUGUGAGUUGUGUAUAUAUUUGCAACACUAAGAGGAUUUCACUAAACCUGUCAUAGCAUUAACAAUCAUAGCAGAAAGCAGUUCAGUUAGCAGUUGUCAAUAUAAUUAACUGUAAGACUGGUAUAAAAUUACUUGAACUGACAAAGAUGGCAACAAGCCAUCGUAAAGCACUGGAACUUUUUGAAUGACCUUUUAGCAAACUAUUUCAGUGUUUCACCUUUACAAAAUGAAAACCAAAGGGCACUGAUACAUAUUAGUUGGGUAUGUAAGCAUGUACCCAUUGAAAUGCAGUAUAAUAUAAAAUCACCUCCAAUCUUUACAGCACAUGACUUGGAUUACAUUUUUGAACAGUAAGAUCAGAAAACCAUGUGUUUAUUGGUUCACCUAAUUUAUGGCUAUUAUGUUGAUUGACAAGUGUACAAAAUGAGCACUUUAAGUGAUCAUAAAUGUGGUUCAUCCAAAGAUAUAUGCAAAUGUUAUCUAUUAUAAUUUUUGAAAUUGUCGGAUAAAGUUUCAGGUGUAGUUGCAUGAAUCUGGAUGUAUUCCAAUGUGUGCCUCUUCACAAUGACCUUUGAAGAAUUUCUGCUUUUUCCUCACCAAAAAUCUGUUGUCACAAAUUAUAAAUGCUAACUAACAGCAAUUGACAAAUGAAAUAAAAUCAACAGAUUCUA